AUGCCUCCUGAUGCCUUCAAGGUGGUCCUUGAGCGUCUGCUUAUAGCGGAAGCUCCUUCCGCACACUGCACAGGGGUAUGGCCGCUCGCCUGUGUGAAUGCGCUGGUGCUUCAUGAGGUGAUGCUUGCGGAUGAAGCUCUUGCCACAGUGUGGACACUGGAAAGGCCGCUCACCUGGACGCUCGCCUGUGUGGAUCAUCUGGUGACGAAUCAACGCAGAGUGGCCAUUGAAGUCAAUGCCACACUGAGGGCAGGAGAAGGGGCGCUCCUGUGCAUGUCCCCUCUGAUGAAGCAGGAGACUGAUCUUAAGGCUGAAGCUACGACCACAUUGCGGGCAACGGAAGGGCCUCUCAGUAGCAUGAGCUCGCCGAUGGCUGGUGAGUCGAGCCUGGUCAGCAAAGCGCUUGGGACAAUCAGGACAGAGGAAAGGGCGCUCAGUGCUGUUGUGGACCCGAAGCGCGCCAGCCUGCCCCGGUGCCACGCUGCCCGCGCUCGCGCCGUGCGUACGGACACACCUUGGCUUCUCCCUUCGCCGCCUCGCUGGGGACUGUCCCUCCGCCCCGAGCCAACGACAGCCCUCCCAGCUGUACCGAACGGCACGAGACGACGCCGCGGCCAGCGUGUGGGGGUGAGCAACGUCAGACCCGGGUCCCCCCCACCCCGGCGUCGCCCGGCGCUGCGGUCCGCGGUGGCCCUUCCCGGCCAGCGACCGACCGUCGCAGACCCGCGCGGGCGACAAGGCCCGUGGCCGUGCCCAGCCCCGGUCCCCACCCCCGAGGCCCGGGUGACAGAGACGCCCGUGCAUCAGCGCCCUUACCGGAGCGGCGGUCGCCUCGGCCAUGGCCCUCCGCUGCCCGGUCCCGUCCCGGGAGUCGCCACCACACGCAGGCCCGGCGGCUCAGUGCGCUCAGCGGACGGCGAGAAGCGGCCUCGCGUGGCUCGCUCUGACAGCGCUCGCGCGGCAAGCCGGCUUCCGGGGGGCGCGGGCACGCCGAGGAGAGGAGAAGCUCGCAGCCUACGCCGCACCGGCUGCAGCCGCCCCUUCGCUGGCGCUGUGUGGGCAGUGAGUGCGCUCUGUCUGCCUAGACGCGCCCCCCUCCCCUCCGGUCGGUCCUCCCGGGCCAGCGCGCCCCCUGGCGGCCCCCGCAUCUGGAGCGCCCUCCCAGAGUUCCCGCUGACUUUUGAAGAUGUAGCCAUUUACUUCUCUGAACAAGAGUGGCAACACUUAGAGGCAUGGCAGAAGGAACUUUACAAGCAAGUCAUGAGAACCAAUUAUGAGACGCUCAUCUCUCUAGAUAAUGGACUGCCCAAACCAGAACUAAUAUCCUGGAUCGAACUUGGGACGGAACUCUUCGGCAACUGGGGAGACAAACGGAAACUAGACAAAGGAAUUUGUUGUUGUGUAGAUGAUGUGCAUGCAUAUCUGGUUAUGGAGGAGCAGUUACUUGAGAGUAGCCAGCAAGCUACGAUGUCAGGAAAAAUCACAUGCCAUUUCCAGUUGAAUCCUCUGGAGAGUCAGCAUGCCUUGGGACUUGCUUUAGGACAACGGGAAGAAGCUUCUCUCAGACACGAUCAAGGCAUCAGUCUCAUAAACAAACAAACACACCACCGUGAGGCUUUGGAUUCAGUGGUGCAGAGCUCCAGUGAGGCUGCCCAAAGAAAAGUACUCUCAAGUCACAGAACUCUGUCUCUCCCUGGCUUGCAGAGAGUUUCCUCUUGGCAGAGUACCCACCACUCUUGUCCAGUCUGUGGGGAAAACUCUUGGGAGAAGAAUCACUUAGUGAAGCAACAAAAGGGCCACUCCAAGAGCCUAUCAUGUAAGGUCUGGAAGUUCAGCAGACAGGCUGAUGCUAAACAUCAGUGGAACAUCUCAUGUCCCGAAUGUGGGAAGAGCUUCUGCCUGAUGCAGAACUUGACGAGACAUCUAAACAUCCAUACAAGGAAGAGACCACUCCAGUGCCCUAAAUGCAAAAUGUGCUUCCAUCAUGAGCAUACCCUUUUCAGCCACCGCCAGCACCCCAAAUGUGACACGAGCCUCCUGACGGAUAGCAGUGUUCACCUGUGUCAGCAGAUUCAAGAGAGUCCAGCCUUCUGGAGAGAAGAUACCAUUGUGCCUUCAAGACAGAAGUCAGGUCCCAGUCAGGACUGCCAUGACUGCUGCCACAUGGGUAGCCAGCCGAAGGGCCUGCAGUGUGGCUGCAUCCUAGGUGAGGGCAGACCCUGCUUAUGCGGAGAGUGUGGCAAUUGUUUCCUCUCACAGUCUAAGCAGGCAGGUAUCUGCAGGGCACACACAGGAGAAAAAUCCUUUCAGUGUCCAGAAAGCCACAAGCGCCUCUGCCUGAGAGGCCUACAGGAUGUCCACCAACAUGUGCAUAGUAGAGAAAGACCAUUCUUCUGUAUAAAGAGUGGUCAGGGAUUCACCAAACAUUGCAGGCUCACAGAACACACCCGAAGCCUCAGCGGGGAGAAAUCUCUCUGGUGUGCCCAAUGUGGAAAGAACUUCAGCCAAAAGGGACAGCUACUGAGGCACCAGCGGCUUCACCUAGAGGAAAAACCCUUUCAGUGCACAAUGUGUGAGUUGCGUUUCCGUCUGAAGAGCAGGUUGAGGGCCCACCAACUACAACAUGGUGGAGAAAGGCCAUUCUCCUGCAGCGAGUGUGGCCGAGCCUUCACCCAUCAGUGCAAGCUCCGUGAGCAUCUGAGAGUGCACAGUGGAGAGAGGCCCUUUCAGUGUCCCGAGUGCCACAAGAGCUUCCGCCUGAAGGGCGUCCUGAAAGCCCACCAGCGCACCCACAGCAAGGAGAGGCCAUUUUCUUGCGGGGAAUGUGGCAAGGGCUUUACAAGACAGUCUAAGCUCACAGAGCACUUCCGUGUCCACAGUGGAGAGAGACCCUUCCAGUGUCCCGAGUGUGACAGGAGCUUUCGCCUAAAGGGGCAGCUGCUUAGCCAUCAGCGCCUACACACAGGAGAGAGACCUUUCCAGUGCCCGGAGUGUGGCAAGAGCUACCGUGUGAAGGCCGACAUGAAGGCGCACCAUCUGCUGCACAGCGGGCAGAUGCCGUUCUCCUGCCAGUGUGGGAAGGGCUUUGCCAAACAGUCUAAACUCGUGGAACACAUGAGGACACAUACAGGAGAGAAGCCUUUUCAGUGUCCCCAGUGUGACAAGAGCUUCCGGUUGAAGGCUCAGCUGCUCAGCCACCAGGGCCUACACACAGGCAAGAGACCUUUCCACUGCCCCGAAUGUGACAAAAACUUCCGAGAAAGGGGUCACAUGCUCAGGCACCAGCGUAUCCACAGGCCCGAGAGGCCCUUUGCCUGCAGUGACUGUGGGAAGGGCUUCAUUUAUAAGUCCAAACUGGCUGAGCACAUCCGAGUACACGCAAAAUCCUGUCAGGUUCCACGUGAGCCUGACAUUAAGAAAAGGCUUAGCCAACUGUUUGCAAUGAUAGAGGCUGACUGGAGUUGAGGUAGGUAGGAGGUCAGCUCUAUGGGCAAAACUUAAUUGCCAGGGCAGCCUGAAGAACUGUGGCUAAGCCUACUGGGAAGCAGGUUUUAGGAACAGGGGCUCUACUCAUCUAAAAUUUAAAUUCAAAAUGGGAGACUAUGAAGAAUUUUCUUUUUUGGGAUACCACCAAUUAAAUCCUCUCCCU